AGAGCUUCGUCAUCACUUCCGGCAGUGUCGUUCUAAUCUGCUUAUCGACGGGCUCAAACUCCUAAACUUUCAAAACGAUUUAUUUCCUACUAAACAAUGAAUUUUUUUAUUUUUUUUUAUAUUUUUUGCCCUUUUCUGGGUUGUUUAAUUUGGUUGGUUUUUUUUCUCAUUUUUGUUUUUCAGGUGUCAUGGAUAUUCCUUUACCGGUUAAUAAAUUAGCUCUGGGUUUGGUUGAUCACGAUUCCAGGGACAAGAUAUAUGUAGCUCUAGUGGGUACGGGAAGUUUCAAUCCUCCUACUUUUAUGCAUAUACGCCUCUUUGAGCUGGCAAGAGAUCCGCUAAAUUCAGAAGGCUUUUGUGUUAUCGGAGGUUAUAUGUUGCCAGUGAAUCACGCAUACAAGAAGAGGGGCCUUAUAUCGGCAGAACACCGUAUAAGAUUGUGUCAGUGUGCCUGCGGAAGUUCCGACUUCAUCAUGGUUGAUCCAUGGGAGGCAAGACAAAGUUCCUAUCAACGCACUCUGACCGUUUUGUGUAGAGUCAAAAGUUUCUUAUGUGAGGGAAAUAUGAUACCCAGAGAAUCUCUCAAGGUCGUGGUUGUCUACGGUUCCGAUCUCCUCCAAUCUUUUUCCAUUCCUGGAUUUUGGAUUCCUGAGCAGAUCAGGACCAUAUGCUGUGAGUAUCGUAUGGUUUGCACUCGAAGAGAAGGACAAGAUAUUGAGAAAAUUUUCUCAGAUGAUCCGAUUUUGAAUGAGAACCGGGAUAACAUAAGAAUUGUGGAUGAACUCAUACCGAACCAAAUAAGCUCAACAAGAGUGAGGGAUUGCGUUUCAAGAGGUUUGUCAAUAAAAUAUCUGACUGAGGAUGAAGUGAUUGAUUAUAUUAAAGGAAACCAUCUUGACUUGAACUCAAACGACAAGUGAUGCUCACUCUACUUUUAGGCAAUGGAUUUAUUUAAAACAAAAGAGAGGUAGAAAGAAUGAUUUAGCAAGA